CGGGGAUGGGGAUGGGACUGGGGGCGGGGUGGGCUGUGCCUCCGCAGCGGCUCCGCACUAACCCUGUGCCUUUCCCGCAGCCCGGGCGCGUGGCCACCCUGCUGGAGGACCACGAGGCCUGCACAUGGGGCGUUGCCUACCAUGUCUGCGGGGAGCAGAUCGCUGCAUCACUCCAGUACCUGAACAUGCGAGAAGCUGUUCUCGGGGGCUACGAUACCAAGCUGGUGAAGUUCUACCCCCUGGAGAAGGAUGCUGAUGAGCCCAUUCUGGCCUUGGUUUACAUUGCCACACCCCAGAAUCCCUCCUACCUUGGUCCAGCCUCUGAAGAGGACAUUGCUGCUCAAAUCAUAGUCUCCAGUGGGCGUGCUGGCCACAACAUAGAGUACUUGCUACAGCUGGCGGACUUCAUGCGCUACUUCUGUCCCCAGGUGGAGGACGAGCACUUGUUUUCCAUUGAGGAGGCCCUCAUUUCUAUCCUACCUUGUCUGUGCCACAAGGAGGAGUCUUUAGAGGAAGGUGAACAUCUGUCAGAAGUCAAGGGACUGAAAUAGGAGGUGCUUUGGAAAUGGCAAACAGACCCAAGGGGCAGAAAAAUAAGGACACACUUUCUAAUUCCAAUGAAAUGCUGAACUGGGGGGGGCGGGAGCAGGGAAGGGCAAAGUUAGUGAUGUAGGGUCAGUACAGCUUUCCCACUUGCUACCUGUGGAAACCAGGUGGCUACUGCUGGUCUCCUAGCUGGUUUAGGGAUUAGGCUGGUUGAGUUAAGAUCUGUAAGAUUUGGUUCUGAGAAUUGAUGCAAGCAUUAACUUUUUUGUUUUCUUUUGUUAAUGGGGGAGGAGGCAAUUCUACUUGGAAUGCUUCCCUUCUUAUUUUGGACAUCAGUUGAGCAGGACAGAAUAGAGUUUUAAACAGCAUGUGGUGGCCAUUCUACCUCAGACUGGCAAAGCUGCUUGUACAGUGGUGGGGACUGGAGUGUGCUUCAUGUCAAAUGAAACCAUCUUCCCUUUCCUGCCACCAGUACCAUCAUUUGACUUUAAAGUGUAAUGCUGGGGCUUCUGUGCAAUAUUUAACUUAACUUGCCUCUGUAGGCUCUUAUGGGUCCUACCUUAUGUCUUAAAGGAACAGAUGAAUGCAUUUAUUUUUGUAACUUGAAGAUGUAUUUAUUGUAAAUGGGUAUAGUGUAUUUCUUAAAGGAGAGGUUGGGGGAGGGGGGUGCAAAAAGGCCAAGCUUUCUGCUUAGAGGCAUCCAUCCUGCAGUGCAGGGUGUAGCACAGAUUCAUUCUUGCAUUUGUGCCUUUGAGCUUCAGAUCAGUUUUCUGGAGUUAAGCUGCCUUUAGCAAGAGGAGCUUUACUCAGAGCUUCCACUGACCUUAUGCUGCUAUAGACCACUUAAUUAACUCAUUUAGGAAUGGUUCUAGCUGUAUGGGAAACAUCUGUGAGAUGCAAGUCCUUGUAAGAAUAGGGUAUAGAAUAAAAGCAUUUUGACUAUCCCUGCCCUGUGUUGCACAGACCCAGUACCCAGCUGUUCUAGAUGUAUAUAGGUGUAAGAUACCUAUAUAUCACCUAGAGAGAAGUUUAGGAAUUCUCUUUCAUACAUGCUGGAAGUUUAAGGUGAUCCUAUGUGUCUUGUGCAGUGCCUGGGCUGCUUUCAAGAACUAAAGCAUCUUGGCAUACCUUGGCUUGACAGGCUGAGGAAAUCCCCUGAUAGCAUUGGGAGAAUGGAGCUGAGGAUGUAUACUACAAGCUUAAACUCUUCAGCUUCAUCGAGGAAGUUUACAGAUAUUAAAUUAUUUGUAACAAAGCUGCUGCUAUUUCAAGAAGUAGAAGAAGCAUCCUAAAGAACAGAUUCCUGAAACAUAUGGAACUAGUCCAAGAUGUUUUGUGUUUGGGGGGGCGGGAGGUGUUGGUUUUUGUGUCUUGUUUUAUUUUAAAUACCUGUAUUUAA